CUGAGAAGAUGACAGUGGGGAGGCCUGCGGGAGCCCCCGGCGGCUCGGAGUGGAGCGGUCAGAUAUCUCCUCCCAAAUCCUCCUCAGACACAGAAGUAGAAGAGGAGCUGUCUGGGGAGAUGCUGGUCUUGCCCAGGGCUGGCAAACUUGAUGAGUUCCUCAGUCCAGAGGAGGAGAUGGAUUCUACUUCUGACUCAACUGGGAGCUUUUACAAGAGCCUAGAGGUACUAACGCAGAAAGGCAGGUGGUGCCUGUUGGAAUCCCUUUAUCAGUCUGACCCAGACAGUGAUGGGAACCUCUCUGAAGAUAACGAGGACCUGGAGAGUUUCUUUCAAGACAAGGGCAGGGGAAAGCCACAGGUCCAGGGUUCCCAGUCUAUGAGGUGUGACUCCACAAGGCGCUGCUCCCUGAGCACCCUUCCCUCGGACAGUCCCAGGGCUCGGCCCGGCCCACCGUCUAUCUCCGGGCCCCCUUCCCAGCACAGAAGCAUCAGUUCCUGGGCCUCAUCCAUCACUGUCCCCCAGCCAUUCCACAUGACUCUGCGCGAGGCCCGAAAAAAGGCCCAGUGGCUGGCCUCACCCUCCUCCUUUGAGCAUAAGAGGCAGCAGGCCCAGAGGCAGGGCCAGGAGGAGGCCGAGUGCCACCGCCAGUUCCGAGCACAACCUGUGCCCGCACACGUCUACCUGCCCCUGUACCAGGAGAUCAUGGAGCGCAGUGAGGCCCGCAGGCAGGCAGGAAUACAGAAGAGGAGGGAACUGCUCCUCUCUUCCCUGAAGCCCUUCAGCUUCCUAGAGAAGGAGGAGCAACGAAAGCAAGCUGCUCAACAGCGGGACUUGGCUGCCACAGUUCAGGCCAAGGUCCCCAAGCAGAAAGCCACCAAGAAGAUCCCCAAGUCUAUUCUGGAGCCAGCCCUAGGGGACAAACUGCAGGAAGCUGAACUCUUCAGGAAAAUCCGCAUCCAAAUGAGAGCCCUGGACAUGCUCCGGAUGGCCUCCUCUCCUAUUGCCUCCUCUAGUAGCUGGCCGGACCCACAGUCUCGAACAGCCACCCGAACCCGGGAGGAAAAGCUGGGGUUUCUGCAGACUGACUUUGAAUUCCAGCCUCGGGUGAAUCCUACUGUUCCUGACUACGAAGGCCUUUAUAAGGCCUUCCAGAGAAGAGCUGCCAAGAGAAGGGAAACCCGAGAGGUGACUCGCAACGAGCCCUUCUUGCUGAGAACUGCCAACCUGCGUCACACUCAGCGGCGGGGUGAUGCUGACGCCACUGGAGGGAGGAAGGACUCCCCAUCUGCCACUCCCCUGCCAAGGAGUCGUUCUCUGAGUGGCCUUGCUUCCCUCUCUGCCAACACCCUCCCUGUGCACAUCACAGACGCCACCAGGAAGAGGGAGUCUGCAGUCAGAAGUUCACUUGAAAAAAGGGACAAAGCAGAUGAGAGUACUCAGUGGUUGGAAAUGCACAAAAAGAAGUGCCAAGCAAUGUCUAAAUCCAUAACCUUGCGUGCAAAAGCCUUGGAUCCCCAUAAAAGCCUGGAGGAGGUGUUCAAAGCAAAGCUGAAAGAGAACCGGAAUAAUGACCGAAAGAGAGCAAAAGAGUAUAAGAAAGAACUGGAGGAAAUGAAGAAGAGAAUACAAACAAGGCCCUAUCUCUUUGAACAAGUUACCAAGGACCUUGCCAGGAAAGAAGCAGAACAAAGGUAUCGAGACACCCUGAAGCAGGCUGGAGUGGAUGAAGACUUUGUGAGGAACCAGGGUCAAAGGACCUGGGCUGUACGAUGGAAGGAUAAGUCACAAGUCAGUGACUCCCUCAGCAUCCAUGAAAUUACAAAACUCAGCAUCAGGGAUCCACAGCAGGAUUUUGAGCCUACAAGCCUCAAGAAAGAACUGGAGGAACUGUCUUCUGAAUCACCGGAUAAUUUCAAAUCACUUGCUUAAUCAGUAUAUUUAAAUAACUUCUUUUGAACAAUAUUAAGCAAGCUAACCUGGGGUUGAGUCAAGGCAGCAAAACUUGGGUUUCUAAGUCAUGGAUGGCUACUCUUGGAGAAUGGUUUGAGAAACUCAAAAAGAAGUUCAGGGUGGAAGGAUCAUAGCCCAGAGUUAAGGGUUCUUGCUUUGUGCCUCACACUUUAGAGGGGCUAGACAGGAAACAUAAAUGAGUCAGGUUGGCUGAGUGUAAGAAAGUGGGAGACAGUAGAGACUGGAGAGUAUUAACCCUGUUGAAAUACAGGCCCAGUAUUGCCAGAUCAACCACGUUUUCAACAGAAGUCAAAAAUUUACACGUUGGCAACUAAUUAAAUUAUUUAGAAAUAUUGUGUAGCCAAAACAAAACAUAUCUGUAGAUUGGAUUUAGCCCAUGGGGGCAACAAGUUUCCAACUCUAGUACAGAAUUUCUCAACCUCAGCACUACUGACAUUUUGGACUGAAUAAUUCUUUGCUGGGUGGGGUCCUCCUGUGCAUUUUAGGAUGUUUAGCAGCAUCCUGGCCUCUACCCACUAAAUACCAGUAACACACUGCUACCCUGCCAGCCCCUGGGGGGCAAAAUUGUCCCUGGUUGAAAACCACUGCUCAAGCAUGAAAGUAAGGCUGCAGGAAGCCAAAACUGGCAUGUUACGAAUACAAGUAAACUGCUGUGAAUUCAAUCUGCAUAGCACAGGAUGAGUAUGCAUGUCAUUAGUGAAUUAAGAACUAUAAUUACUUUAUUUAAAACCAGUUAAUUCAUUCCUGUU